AUGGCCGUUUUGUCUGUGCUUUCUUCACAGCUGGCCAGUUUUACAGCCGUUGCUGUGACCCUGUCACUCACUGUUGCGUUUUAUUUGUUCCUACGCUGCGCCUACUAUGCAUUCUUCCACCCCCUUGCCAAGGUCCCAGGCCCAAAACUCUACGCUGCUUCUUCGCUGCCCUACUACCUCCAUCUGCUCCGCGGCGACUGGCAUCAGAGUCUGAAAGAGAUGCAUGACCGCUAUGGUCCUGCCGUUAGAUUUGCGCCUAAAGACGUCUCCUUCAUCACUGCCAGCGCCCUGAAGCAGAUUUACGGGCACAAGUCUAGCUUGGACGCGACCUUUGUCAAGGACCCCCCUUUCUAUCAAAGAGGCCUCAAAGAUCCAACAAUCAUAAACGCUAAUCAUGAGGACCACAAGCGUUUCCGGCGACUCUUAUCACAUGCCUUUUCAGAGAAGGCACUUCGCAGCCAGGAGGACAUUUUGAAACUAUACAUUGACAAAUUCAUCAACCAACUCGCCCAGCAGGCACACGAUGGAGUGGCUGUCGACCUUGUUUCCUGGUACAACUUUGCGACGUUUGAUCUAAUUGGGGAUCUCUCCUUUGGCGAACCCUUUGGUUGUCUUGAUAGCGGUGGCUAUCAUCCUUGGGUCCGUCUCGUCUUCCAAUACGUCAAAGCGAUUCCCUACAGACAAAUUGCCCAAUACCUCAAUAUGGGCUCCCUCGUCCUUUAUCUUACACCAAAACGCCUGGUCAAGGGCUCUAAGCAGCACCUUCAACUGAGCCGUGAAACCGCCAUGAAAAGGAUCGCAAGUACCACCGACAGAGCAGAUUUCAUUUCCUACAUCCUCCGCCACAAUGACGAAAAGGGAAUGUCGGAUGGUGAGAUCGCUGCUAAUUCGCACAUCCUCAUUCUUGCCGGAAGCGAAACAACGGCGACCCUACUCAGCGGCGUCACAUUCCAGCUUCUCACGAACAAGUCGAAGCUUGACAAACUGGUCUCCGAGAUCCGGUCCAGUUUUGAUGCCGAAGAUGAUAUUACACUGGAGCGUGUCAAUCAACUUAGCUACCUGCUGGCCGUUCUCAACGAAGGACUUCGCAUCUGUGAGACACCUGGCCUGAUAAGUGUGAUUGUUCCUAACUCUUCUCAGACCCCCCCGUGCCAACUGGUCUACCAAGGCUCGUUCCUUCAGGAGGUGAGAUUAUGGAGAGAUUUUGGAUACCCGAAAAGGCAAGUCUCUGCAAACGAUAUCCCCAUCCCUUUGCUAAUUCUCAAGCCUCAGACUCGGGUAUCGGUGCCUCACUGGGCAGCAUUCCACAGCGAGUCCAACUUUCGUGACGCCGACAGCUUUGUACCGGAACGCUGGCUUGGUGACAUUUCCUACAGCAAUGACUCCAAAGACGUGCUUCAGCCAUUCUCUACAGGCCCCAGGAACUGCAUUGGAAAGAACCUCGCGUACGCUGAAAUGCGCUUUAUUCUUGCUCGACUGCUUUGGAAGUUCGACCUCGAGAUACUUGAAGAGAGCGAGACUUGGGACAAACAAAAAUCUUUCUUGCUCUGGGAGAAAGGUGCCUUGCUUACUCGGUUGACCGAGGUCAUCCACGAUUGA